AUGCUUUCGGGUCACACUCAAUUCCAGAUCCAGGUCCAGCUCCUGCUUGUUCUCAUGGUAUUGGGUAUUGCCCGAGGACAAAGGUUGCCGGCACGUCAGCUGCAGACUCCGAACUUCGAUGGUGGCGAGAGUUUUGAACAAUUCGAGAGUUUGGAUUCCAAUGAGAUGAGGGAAGAACUGAAAAAACUAUUGGCCGAUCAAUUGACCAAUGCCUUUGCCCCAUUGACAACUGGAGAGCUGAGACGUCAGCCGGCCAUUGUGGCACCCGGUUCGUCAGCCGAAGCCUUGGCACGUUUUGCUGAUGAUUCACGGUCAUCCUCCUCAUCGGAGGAAAACGAGCAGCAGCAGGAGCAGCUGGAGCAGCAAGGAGGCGACUCAGGCGAAGAGGAAGCAGAAGAACCAGCCAUAGUGGCACCUUCUUAUAAUCCCUGGCGCGAUAACUUCUAUGAUCUAAACGAAGAUGGCAGCUAUGUGUAUGGUUACUCCCUACCGAAUGGCGUUCGUCGCUGGGAACGUGGUUACUAUUCCGAAGAGCAGCAUGGUCAAGUUGUUGAAGGUUUCUAUACCCAACCGCGUUCCAUCUCAUCACAUGACAUAACCUACGAGCUGCGUUGUUAUCGAUCCGAUAUCCAUGGAUAUCAUCCGUUUGAAGUGAAAUAUCUUAAAAGUCCACCGCGAGUGCAACGCGAUGAGCAACUUGAUGUCGAUUGUUUUCAAACACAUCGCAAACGAUAA